AGCUUCGAAGAACUCAUUUUGCCAAUUGGGUGUGGUGCGAGGGGUGGAAAGUUGGCAAGGAACAUGAUUCCCCAAAAACUUUUGGGCAGCCGCGGUUGAACUCUAGUUCUGGAAAUCUUUUACCAGGUCUAACGGGCGGAUAGAAGAUGAUAGAGGCCAACUAUCCUUUCUAUGGAGCUCACUUUUAAGUUAAUUUUUCAAAAUCUACCCACCUAUCAUAGCCAGGCAAUGUUCCUGUCACUUUCACAUCCAAAAGCCAAGACCAGAAGCUUCCAAAGCCAAACCCCACUUGCAGUUUGCUUUGCACAGUUCACACCCACCCGAGGCAAACCAACCACACAGGAGAUAGACCCAAACCCCCCCGCCCUCAAGCCCCAAGGUAUUAGCUUUGCAAGCAAAGCUAACAAUCAUGUACAGGGACACUUCGAGCUGCAACACGUACAACUAUGGCGACGCUCGGUACUGGGACGCGCGGUACGUCCAGGAGGGCGGCUCCUUCGAUUGGUACCAGCGCUACACUGCUCUCCGUCCUUUCGUUCGGAAGUACAUCCCCACCUCUUCUCGGGUUCUCAUGGUCGGCUGUGGCAAUGCCGUUAUGUCAGAGGACAUGGUCAAGGAUGGAUAUGAAGACAUAAUGAAUAUUGAUAUUUCAUCAGUGGCCAUUGACAUGAUGAGAAGAAAAUAUGAGAACAUCCCUCAGCUGAAAUAUAUGCAAAUGGAUGUCAGGAACAUGAGCUUCUUCCCUGAUGAAUCAGUUGACAGUGUCAUUGAUAAAGUUUGUUGUCACCGUGGCAUUUGCACUCUGCUGGUCCUGGAGCUAGGAACCCUUGAUUCUUUGAUGUGUAGCACUGAUGCUCCGAUUAAUUCUGCUCAAAUGCUAGCGGAAGUUAGUAGGCUUCUUAAACCUGGAGGGAUCUAUAUGUUGAUUACCUAUGGUGAUCCUACAGUGAGGAUGCCACAUUUGAGCCGACCCCUGUACAAAUGGAAAACUGUGUUGUACAUCAUACAUGUUAGUCUCUUACUAUUUCUAGGAUGGUGGAUGUUGCAAGGAGUUAAGUGGGUUUGGCUCUUUACACGUGAUAUUUAAAAUUUAAUCCUCUCUCUUCUCAAAUAUUUAAGAUUAUUUCAUUUUAACAAAUCCAAAUUGCAUGCCAAUUCUGUAUCAAAUAAACUCAAGGGUUUGAAUUGUUAAUUUUGUAAUUCUCUCCUGUUUCUCUUUUGCAUAAUAUAAUUUGGCCUAGUGUUCAGUUUCAGUGCAUUGUAAAAUUAAUCUUGACAUUGUGUGUGCCUGUUUGGAGUGGAGGUCUACACAUUAAAUUUCUUUGGUCAAUUAUAUUACGGAACAUGUAGAAACCCUGUACUACACUGACUGCGUGAUUUCAAGGAAGGUUUUUGGCAUAGACAAUCUAAGAAAGUGUCACCUUUAUUACAGUAGAUUGGUGUUAUAUGUGUAAGAAGAGUGGAGAGACCGUGGAGAACUGAUCCCUAUCUUUUCCAAAUGUAAUAAUAAUCUCCUAAAUGAUAAGAAAGGGCUUACUUCUUUCUAUUAAAGUUUCUUUAUGGAAAUUUCUUGUCCAUUUCUAUUUAUCAUUUCUUUGAGGUCAUAUGCAUGAAUUUCCAUUCCUUAAGAAAGGAACCUUAAUUAUUGUUUUGUUAUUUUUUUUUUU